AUGUCCAGGAUUCAUCCGACUGAAAAGUUCUCUUCGGCAGAUCCUCAUCCUCCAAGUCCGCCGUAUGUCUUCACUUUGUGGAAGAGAUCCACCAUGAAUUUCCAAGGAACUGACGGAUUUACAGUUUUUGAUCACCGCGGCAAAUUGGCUUUCCGGGUGGAAAAUUACGCCAGAAAUCGGUGUUUCGGAUCUAUUGGCGGACUGAUUCUCAUGGACGGAUCGGGGAAGCCUCUAUUGACUGUGAAACCAAAGGCAUUGAGCAUGAAGAAUCAGUGGAAUGGAUACAGAGGCGAACUCGAUUGUUCGAAGAAUGCGACGCCGCCGAGGCUAUUCACGAUGAGAAGACCUUCUUCAAGUCUAAUUCAUACGAGUGCAUGCGAGGCAGAAAUCCACAUCGAUGAAAGCAACCAAACAGCGCCACCAGAUUUCAAAAUCGAGGGGUCAUUUGGGCGACGGAGUUGCAAGAUCACGAGAGGUGCCACCGGCGAGGAGGUGGCUAAGAUAUCGAGAAAAACAGUAAAUGCGACUCUCGUGUUAAGCAACGACGUGUUUACUCUAAUGGUGCAACCUGGCAUAGAACCAGAACUUGUAAUGGCCUUCGUAAUUAUCCUAGAUCGCAUUUGUAUUAAGCCAUUUGCCCCUCUUCUAUGUUCGUAA